AGAAAUCGGCAAGAAUGCUGCGAUUUUACUUUCAACCAGCAAGGUUUCGUCUUUCAGUGUCAAUGGGAAAUACCACCCAUUGAUUUAAAUUUAUCGAGAAAUUUACCAAAAUAUAAGGAUGGCUUCGAAAUGUUUGCAUAUGAUACACCGCUGACAGAAAUGGGAUAUUUGCAGUCGAAACUCACAGGUUUUCCGUUUUUGCUUUUGAAUAUUGGUCUUCGUGCUUGUUUGUUAACAGUGUGUUUUGAUUUCUCCUACUACUUUAUAUAUUCAAUAAUUGCGGAAACUGUGAUUUGA